GAUUUGUUAAGUAGCAGUAGCUUUGUCGGUACAGUUGCCGCAAUGUGAGCACGUGGCAUAGACUGGCGACUUCGUCAUAUUGAUCGACCUGAAUCCGCGCUUUAAUCGGCGCGUCGACUCGCGCGCUUGUCAGUUCCCUCAAAGCAUCUGUGUACUCCGCUUUUACGGCAUAAUCGCGGUCGCCUAGUCGCAUCAUGGCAUCUCGCGAAACUGCAUCGUGCGGAUCGUGCCCUCGUUAGAUUUAUUUCGCCGUUGCCAUGCACCAGUGAUGUAGACUCGUCGAUAGACGUGUUCAGGUGUCCGAGCUUGAGUGUAUAUAGGCGGAGAAGAGUAUCGGAUCUUGUUGCAGGGUCGACAAUCAAAUCCGAAAUUGUGAGGGAUAAUAAUAACCGAUAAAUAGACUUUGUGUUCAAAACAUCUUUGAAAAAAAGGACACCAGUGUUUGUCACGAGCAAAGCUUUUGAAUCCCAUGCUACAAAAACGAACAGCAAGAUCGUCUGAAAUACAAUAUAUGGCUGAAACAGCUAGCGCUAAUCGAGCACCAUUCGAUGUUUGAGAAAAUCCCGAUAUGACAUAAAGAUACAUGAAGUGAGAGGACAUCCGCCGUCAGGAUGUGGACAAAUCACUUGAUAGUGGCGGCAAUUGUACUCGCGGUUGCCAACGUCUGUCGUGCGGAGUGCCAGACUCGCUCCAUUUACUGUUACGAAUGCGAUUCGUGGACGGAUCUCAGAUGCAAAGACCCUUUCAACUACACUGCACUACCCAGGGACCAACCACCCCUGAUGACCUGCAAUGGAUGCUGCGUGAAAAUGGUCCGCAACGCGAAAUCACCGUAUGAGAGCGUGAGGAGGACUUGCACCUCGCAACUACAAAUAAACUUAUUCAUGGUGGACCACGUGUGCAUGAUGGAAAGUACCGGCACUGGUCACAUGUGCUUCUGUGAGGAGGAUAUGUGCAAUCGUGUACCCCCGACCUCGCGCUCGAAUCCCGUACUCCUGCUGAUCCUGUCGACCAUCCUUGUUCUACGCUCGGUCGUCUUAGGAGCCUCAGCUUGCUUUGUAGAACGUUGCAAUGAUCACGUCGUAUAACACCAAUUAAUUCGAUCCACCCAUCGCAGUGGCGUCCAAUCAUAUCCUCCGUAGAGAUUCUAGCGAGUCGAUACGACCACUUGUCGGAACGAACGAUCGAGCUGGCUUCGAUCCUAGAUCCUUCGAGAUAUAAAAGAAAGCUGAGAGAAAGUAAAAAGCGGUGGGCGAUCGACGUGUCGUUGUAGUUAUUAUUAAUUUGGUGCCUCUUUCAAACGCGCGUCGUCGCUCCAUCCGCAUCGCGUGUAGAAAU